AUGCACAACACCGCGCAUGUGCUGACUCUGGUCGCGGCCACAUUGUUCCUCUUCUGCCUCCUGUCUUCAUCUCCAGCGAAUGGCGCUGCCAUCCCUCUUCUGGCACGAAACGUUUCCUCCACUGGUGAAGCCAAUUUAGCCAAGGGCGCCACGGUCAAAUCCUCCAUCGUUGACAACGAAUUUUUGGUGAUUUUCAAGAAGUACAUGCCACACAACCAGCACAAAAGCCUGAUCGCCAGGAUCUUGGGGCGACUCGUCAAUUGGGAGUACAUCGAGCGCGCCAAUCCCAGUCAAUCCCUGCCAAGCGACUUCGCCGUGAUCAAGGUCAAGCCGCUCUCCGGGCAGAGCGUGACGGACGCCUUCAUCGUGCCGCUAUCGCGCGAUGCGGCUGUGAAGCACGUCAUCCCCCAGAGGCGGUUUGUCAACAUACUCAGCGCCGAAGAGGCCGGGGACGAUGCCCACGUGGACAUCGCAGAUGCCUUCUCCUUCGACCCUUUCUCCAUCGAGUUCAAGGGCCGAAAGCACUCGUCGUUCUCGGAGGAGGAGGGUCACUCCACGUCGACCAUGCGACGGCUCCAUUCCUCGCUCAUCCAGGUGCCUCACCUGUUCAAGGCCGACUACCUUUGGGAUCGAGGCUACACCGGGCGAGGAGUCAAGAUCGCCAUUUUUGACACGGGCCUGCGCAAGGACCAUCCCCAUUUCCGCCACAUCCGGGAGCGUACGAACUGGACGGACGAGAACACGCUCGACGACGGGCUCGGCCAUGGCACCUUUGUCGCUGGCGUCAUCGCCAGCCAGAGCGAGUGCCUCGGUUUCGCGCCGGACGUCGACAUCCACGUGUUCCGUGUCUUUACCAACGACCGCGUAUCGUACACGUCGUGGUUCCUGGACGCGUUCAACUACGCCAUCCACACCAAGAUGAACAUUCUCAACCUCAGCAUCGGCGGUCCGGAUUUCAUGGACCUGCCCUUCAUUGAGAAGGUUUGGGAAAUGAGCGCCAACAACGUCAUCAUCGUGUCGGCCAUCGGCAACGACGGUCCACUCUACGGUACGCUCAACAACCCGGCCGACCAAAACGACGUGAUCGGCGUCGGCGGCAUCACCUACCGAGAUAAGAUCGCAUCGUUCUCCUCCCGCGGCAUGACCACCUGGGAACUCCCCAACGGCUACGGGCGGGUCAAACCCGACAUCGUCGCUUACGGCAAGGGGGUGUCAGGCUCGCGUGUCUAUGGCGGCUGUCGCUCACUCUCCGGUACCAGCGUCGCUUCGCCCGUGACAACCGCCGGCUCACCUCAGUCGUAUCACCUUAAGGUGGCUGGAGCGGUGGCGCUGUUGGCCUCGACGGUGGCCGAGAACGUCCGGUGGGACGUCAUCAAUCCGGCGUCCAUGAAGCAGGCCCUCGUCGAAUCGGCCGAGCGCCUCGAUGAGGCCAACAUAUUUGAGCAGGGCUUUGGCAAACUCAACAUCAUGGGCGCCUAUCGGAUACUGCAGGAAUACAAGCCCCGCGCGUCGAUCAUCCCAAAGAUGUUGGAUCUGACCAACUGCCCGUACAUGUGGCCCUACUGCACCCAGCCUCUCUACUACACCGCCAUGCCGGUCAUGGUCAACGCCACCAUCCUCAACGGCAUGGGCGUCGUGGGCAAGGUCGUCGGCACGCCCCAGUGGAAGCAGGGCAAAAAUGGACACCUUCUCGAGUUGUCGUUCUCGUACCCGGACCGAAUUUGGCCCUGGACCGGCUGGUUGGGGAUCUACGUCAAGGCCAGCGAGGAGGCCAAGGACUUUGACGGCGAGGCCGAGGGCGUCAUCUCCGUCACCGUCUCCUCGCCCGCCGGCCCUGGGGAGAGCAAGGAGCGGGUGAGCGUGAUCGACGUUCCCCUGCGGGUGCGCAUCAUUCCCACACCGCCCAGGGAGAAGCGCAUCCUCUUCGACCAGUUCCACAACCUGCGCUACCCCGCGGGCUAUUUCCCCCGCGACGCCCUCUGGGUGAAGAACGAGCCGUUCGAUUGGAAUGGAGACCAUAUUCACACCAACCUGCGGGACAUGUAUACCUACCUCCGAUCACAAGGAUACUUCGUGGAGGUGUUGGGCGUGCCGUACACGUGCUUCAAUGCAUCGAACUACGGCACCCUCCUCAUGGUGGACCUCGAAGAGGAGUACUUCCCCGAGGAGGUGCAAAAGCUGCGCCAGGACGUGGAGGAGAAGGGACUCUCGAUAGCGCUGUUCGCCGACUGGUAUAACGUGGACGUGAUGCGAAAGAUCAAGUUCUUCGACGAGAACACCAAGCAGUGGUGGACACCCGCCACCGGGGGCGCGAAUGUGCCGGCGCUGAACGAUCUGCUGGCAUCGUGGCGCAUCCAGUUUGGUGACCGCAUCUUCGACGGCGAGUUCAGCCUCGGCCAAUCCGAAGACCGAGCCACGUUUGCAUCGGGUACUGCGAUCGCGUCUUUCCCGCGCGGAGGCACGAUCGUGAGCACCACUCUCGACGACCAAACCGAGGAGAUCAUCCGCUCCCGCAACGUCAAAGAGAAAGUCCACAUCCUCGGCCUACUGUCGAUCCGUCGAUUCAAUGCGACCAACACGCACGGCGGGCGGAUCGCGGUGUUCGGUGACUCGUCGUGCCUCGACACGGCGCACCAGCAGACGCCCUGCUUCUGGCUCCUGGGCAAGGUGCUCCAGUACACCAACCGGGGCCUCAUCGACGAGAACGCCUUUGGCGGUGAGUCGGCCGUGCACCUCGACCAGGCCGACUACGUGUCGCCGCAGCUGUCGCCGCCCAACCGGCUGCCCUACGCCGAGAACGACCUCAAGAAGUUCUCGCGCGUGCUCGAUACGAAGGCCGUCUACCGGCUGCCCCAGUGCGAGGCGCGCGACUACACCAAGUUCAAGCGCGAGGAGAACGCGGUCACGAUCGUCUGGGACGAGCCCAACACGUCGAGCACGGACCUGGACGACGAUGGCUUCAGCUUGAGCGAAACUAUCGGUCCCGACGCCGCCCUCAUCCGGGAUAAUAUCGAUGGCUACAUCGUGCCCUACUUCCUGGUGGUGGGCGUGGUCGUGUUCCUCGUCUACGCCACCGUGCGCGGACGAAAGGACCGAAUCACGGCCAAGCGGGACGUCCACAACGUCUAA